AUGUCCGACCUGUCCCCGCCCCAGCAUGCUUCAACACCGCCGCCCAAUGAGACUCUGACCCCAGACAGCACCGACAACACACCCACAGAUCGCCUAGAGGGGGGCGCGGAAGCCCCCGUCGAGGGCAGCGGGGAGGGCCAUGCAGAGGCUGCAGAGCAGGAAAGGGGAGAGGAGAAGGGGGAGAGGCAGGAGAGCUCGGAUGACUCGCCGAAAAUCGAACAAGAGCUUUCAGAAACGACAGAAUCAGCACCGCGCCAAGCGUCUCCAGCGACGUCCGUGGCAGCCUCUGGCACAUCGACUCCGCCAUUAGGACCACUGCCAAAGAAGAAAUUUGCCGCAAUCAAUGUCAACCAAAAGUUUCUGCAGAAAACGGCAUCGCCGGUCCCUGCUCCGGGCGCUGUAAAGACCACUGGCCGUCAAACUGCGUCCCCCGUCCCGAUCCUGCCCGCCCCCUCCCGCCACCUCUCGACUAAAUUGAAUACCAUGACCGCCAAACCACCCCCUGCCCCUGCUCCCCCGCCUAUCACAAACUCGAGUCCAUGGGCGAAACCAGCAAACGUCGCAGAGGGCGGUACACUGCACCAGCCUGCGCCCACCAAGCUGAGGGUCGGAGCAGUCUUGCCGCCCGCAGCUACAGGGGCCAGCGCAGCGAAUACGUCCAAUGCUUGGAGGACGAGUGCUGCUCCUCCUAAACAUUUCGGUCUGUCGCGGGAUUUUCCUACUGCCAAGGAAGUCGCAGAUAGUAAAAGGGCAGCAGCAGCAGUAGAAGAGGCCACAGCAGCAGCGACAGCGGCUCAUAACCAGGCUAUCCUGCAAGAGCUCAACUCCUUCACGCAGCUUGACCCUCACGCUCACCGCUGGGAUGAAGACAGCGAUGAAGACGAGUUCAACCUACCCCCAGCUCCGCCCCCACCGCAACCACAGACGAUACAGAGAGAUGACACACCGGUAUCGAAAUCCGAUCGCUUUGCCUCGGAUGACUUUGAUCGAUCUUGGCCGCGGAGACCAACAGGAGAGAGAGUGCUGUUUGAUGCCGGGAUCAGUAGAGGGGCUCCAGUCCCGCCUGUAGCUCCCGCUCAAAGCGCGCAGGGUGAACAGGGAUGGAAUCCGAGAUUGAUGGGCCGAGGAGACAAUUGGCGUGAACGCUCCGCUUCGUCCAAUGGCCCUGCACCCUCAGCACCAUCGGCGCCCGGUAUAUCUCGCAACCUUCCCCCGCAUCUAACAGACGCCCCCACGGAUCGAGAAAAGGACACUCAGAAACCUGCUGCUCCCGAGCCCGCAGCUGUCCCUCCAAGACAAUUGGGUCGAUGGGGCUCGGCGAUGCAAGCGGAAUCGGGAUCGACAGGGAGGACAGGAUGGGGCAGCCGGGCGACAGAGGAGCGUGCUUCUCCGCCUCACGUCCCCGCCCCUACCCCCUCUGCCGCUCCCGUCCCUCCUCGACGCUCCUUCAUAGGUGUCCGACCUUCUCCCCCGACCUCCAACUCGUCUCUUCCCCAUGUUCAACCACCUCAUUCCCAGCCUCCUCCCAGCACUCUCCCACCAGUAGAAGACGAGCAGCAUCAGGAAAUGCAUACCGCCGCUGAAAAGGCUCGUUUGAGACGUCUGGAAGAGGAAAAGGAGCGAGAGGCUGCAAAGGAGAGGGCCAGGAAGAAGGCGAAAGAGUUGGAAGACCGGAUGAUGGCCAAGGCUCCUGCGCCAGCAGCUGCGAAAGAGGUCAAGGAAGACAAUGACGAACCCAAGUCGGUACGGCCAACGUCGAUAGCCCAACGGCCGAAAGAUCUGGGACUCCCCCAACGUCCCAGUCGCUCGCCCGCUGGCUUUGCCUCUGAAACUGGCAAAGACAAGGAGCGCGAAUCCCGAGCAGAGACUGAAUCCUCGUGGCGCGUCCGUGCGCCGAGCUCCCAGGCGACAAGAGCAGAGGACAACAAGGACGAAAUUGUGACUCCUCCUGUCGCUAUACCGGUGUCUACAGAGGCCCCCCAUCCCGCAGAGUUGGCGUUGGACGGCGAGCUUGACAGAUCUACGCCACACGCCCCAUCAAGCUCAUCAUUUGAUGGGAUGCUGGAUAGGAUCAAGGCGGCAAUGUCAAAGAUGCAGGAGGAAAAGGAUCAGCCGAAAGACGCUGGGGUUGCGCCGGCCUCUCCUGUCAAGAAGGAGGAGGCAAAGGAGGAGAGAAAGGUGAUCUUGGAGAGGGAGAAGAAGCCCCCCACGGAACCUCGUGCCGAUCGCCUCUCCGCUGCUCCCUUGCCUCCCGCUCAACCCCAACCGCAGGCCAAACCGAUUCCUACAGCUCCCGAAGCCAAAGCUCAACCGCCAACAAUCUCUGUCCCCACGUUCUUUGACAUUUCGUAUCCUGCUCCGCCUCGGUCACCACCUCCAGCCUGGAGAACAAUGACUAUCCGGGUUCCCAAAUUCGACCUUCCUCACCGAACGCCUGUGCCUAAAGCCCAGAUGGAUUCCUUCUUUGCUCCCCUAAACUAUCCUAAAGGCUGGGCGCGCUCUUUCAACCCACCCCUCGAGCUGCAUCAAAGAGCCCUCUUUGGGCCUGGGAACCGCCCCCCACCUCGUGAGAAUGAAGGUGUCGUGGACCGGUCGAGAUUGCUUUUACCAGCGGGUAGAGUGAAGACGAAAGAGGGCGAGAUCGUAGUCAGUAUCUCCCCACGGGUACUGACCAGAUCGAGGCCUAGGAAGAUGGGAGUUGAUGGCGAGGUUGGAGGAAAGAGCUCUGUCACUGCCCCGCCUGCUGCCGGGCAAGAAUCAGGAGACGCUGUCACCCGAAAGAGAUCGCCGUCAGCGAGAUCAGCUGCCCAGGCCGAAAAGUCCGGCUCUGGGUACAUCCUUCAAGGUGUUGGACUUACAAUCUCCCCACCGCCUGGCGUUUCUCUCCCUUCGAGUCUCUCAUUGGGUACCGCACUGGACCAAUCCGAGACACAAGAAGGCGGCGCCGAUGAUAGGAAGGGCCGGGAGGGUGUCAGGUUCUUGGUCAGUAGCGAGCUAGAGGGUGACAGUCUGUUGGAGGAAGUCAACAAGAUGAGCUUGGAAAGCGUUGAAGAGGAAGAAGGAAAGGACGGAGAGGAACCCCCGAAGACUUCAGGGAUUGCUCAAUCCCCAGAGUCGAAUGGCCCCUCUACACCUUGGGCCCAAAGCUCUCUGAGCUACGGUCAUUCUUCCAAACCAUCUAUCACUCAGCACGACGCCAUCAAAUCUGUCUGGGAGUCCGACUCGAAACCCACAGCCGCACCCAUCUCUUCCACGACUGCAAACCCUCCUGCUACCUCGUCAUCGGCUUUGAGUGAAACGCCAAUGUACCCUUCCAUCAACACGCCAAGCAACAGCGAUGUCGGCGCUGGUACCCAACCUCUUUCCUCGUCCUUUGUCGCUGCGCCGGGACCUUCCGCUACAGGCUUUUCUCCACAGCUUGGCAGCGCACCCUUUACUCGUCACCCUUCCAAUCAAUCACAAUCCGCUCAGACCGCCUCUCUUCAUUCCCACAACCCCUCCCAAGGCCAAUCACCUUACUUUGGCUCUCCUCACGCUCACUCGCUGACAAGUCCUGACCCUACGGGCAGGGCUUAUGCGGGCAUGGGUAUGUCGACUAUGGGAGGCAUGGGCAUGGGUAUGGGCGUGCCGCUGGGAUAUACGUCGAGACCGAUGGGAUCCUCGGCAGUGGGUAACGGAGGAUGGCAGCAGAACGUCUGGGGCGGAUUCAAUGCUAUGAACGGUUAUGGUUAUACGCAAGCUCCCCAGCAGACGCAUCACCAAACCCAACCAGGGCAGGGGAAGGAUAAGGCGUACCAGUCGUAUACCGGCCAGCAGGCUCAGCAGCCUGCCCAAGGCUAUGGUGUCCCCGGCUACCCGCGGAUGAACCCAGCUCCCGCCCAAGCCCCAGGUUACACCUUUACGCCAGGCGGUUACUCUUCGCAUACCAUCCACGCCACCUCGCCCCAAGUACGGCCCCAAGGCAGGUUCGCCCAAGCCAACGGCGACUAUGCUCGGCAAGCCCAGCAACAGCAGCAACAAGCUGUGGGUCAGGGCGGGAACGGAUUCAGGAUGAGUGCGAGCUCGGGCGAUGGGGGAUAUUAUGGAGGCGUGAGUGGGUAUGCGCCUCAGGGUCAGACGGGAAGCAGUCAGUCUCAGCCUCAGGGUGCGCAAUCAGGCCAGAGCGGGGCGCAGGGAAGCUUUGGGAGGUCUACGAGAGGAGGAUUACAGAGGCGAGUGUGGUAA